AUGAAGAAGUCUUCAUUAGAACUGGUCAGCAUCUACAUCACUGAUUCAAACUCCAACACCUUCGCUGCUGAUGGGAAGGAGCUCGUCUCUAUUGCAUACCGCUACCGAAGAUGGAAACUUGAUGAUGACCUUCAUUUGGUUACUCACUGUGAGGUCCAUACUGUAACUGAAGUUAGAGAGCUCAAGAAUAAUGCCAACAAACUUGCCAAGUGGACCGCACGGGCUUUUCUUGCAAGUGCCAAUUUGAUGAAGAUUGGAUAUGUCUCAAGAGUUCAUCCAAGAGACCAUUACAAUCAUGUGAUUCUCAGUAUGAUUGGUUACAAGCCGUGGGAUUUUGCUGCCCAGAUCAAUUUAAAUGUUGCAAACAUGUGGGGCAUUGUUAAGUCAAUAGUGGACCUAGGGGCUGUGAUCUUUGACAUAGAGUACGCUCAAUGGCUGGAUGAACAUAAUAGGCUGAUAAGUGAGUUAAGAUCUGCAGUCAACUCUCAUGCAAGUGACAAUAAUCUCCGUUCCAUUGUUGAUGGAAUCAUGGCACACUAUGAUGACAUCUUUAAACUGAAAAGUGCUGCUGCCAAGGCUGAUGUCUUCCAUUUGUUAUCUGGCAUGUGGAAGACACCAGCAGAAAGGUGUUUUCAAUGGCUCGGAGGCUUCCGGUCAUCUGAGCUUCUUAAGCUACUUACUCGUCAGCUGGAGCCUCUCACAGAGCAGCAGUUGGCCGGGAUUUGCAACCUUCAGCAGUCGUCACAACAAGCAGAAGAUGCACUUUCACAAGGAAUGGAAGCAUUGCAACAGUCAUUGGCAGAAACUUUGGCUGGGUCUCUUGGGCCGUCAGGGCCUUCAGGAAAUGUUGCUAAUUACAUGGGUCAGAUGGCAAUGGCGAUGGGAAAGCUGGGGACCCUAAAAAAUUUUAUCCGCCAGGCUGACAAUCUUCGGCAGCAAACCCUGCAACAAAUGCACAGGAUAUUGACAACAUGCCAGUUUGCACGUGCGCUUCUUGCUAUAAAUGAUUAUUUCUCAAGAUUACAGGCCUUGAGCUCUCUCGGGCUUGCCCGGCCUAAGGAAUGAAGGUGGCAGCAAACUAAUUCAUAGAGGUCUUGUUGGCCAUAACAAGCUGUUAGUUUGACUA